AUGAAGUUGAGCAGUGCAGGACUAAUUGCAGGUUCUCACAACAGGAAUGAGCUUCUAGUCAUUCACUGCAAUGGAGAAUCAUCUGAGGGCGAUGAGCAUUCGAUUAGCGAGCAGACAUGCCAAAUAUGCGGUGACGAUGUCGGAUUCACGCCGGAGGGGGACCUCUUUGUGGCCUGCAAUGACUGCGCAUUCCCUGUAUGUAAAAUAUGUUAUGACUAUGAGCGUAGGGAAGGCUGCCAGGCCUGCCCCCAAUGCAAAACCAGGUACAAACGCCUCAAGGGUUGUCCUAGAGUAUUUGGCGACGAGGAUGAUGACGAUGACGACGAAGACGAUGAUGAUGGCAUGGAUGCCCUUGAGAAUGAUCAGCUGUGCAUCACAGAUGGAGAUACCCAACAGAAUUAUCAUCAUACAAUGAAUAUUGAAAGAAUUGGUUCCCCAUUCCACCUUCCUGUUGAACCAAGCUCGAGCUCCCUUGACCCUAAUAAUAAUGGCUGUGGGAAUGUAACAUCGAUAUCGAAACCGUGGAUGAAGAAUCGUCAACUUUCAUUGAUGAUGAAUGAAAAGGAAGAGAUGUAUUACAGGGACGACUAUGGCGAUGAAGCACCAGAUCUACCAUUAUUGAAUGAGAGGCGACAAUCACUAUCAAGAAAAAUACCUGUGUCAUCAAGUCUAGUGAAUCCAUAUCGAAUGGUUAUCAUAAUUCGUCUCGUAAUUCAGGGAUUAUUCAUCCACUAUAGACUAUCUCAUCCUGUAAAUGAUGCUUAUGCCCUGUGGCUGGUAUCAGUAAUGUGUGAGAUCUGGUUUGCAGUGUCAUGGAUUCUUGAUCAGUUUCCAAAAUGGCUACCGGUUAACCGGGAAACCUACCUCGAUCGAUUGUCCUUAAGGUAUGAAAAGAAAUGCGAAGCUUGUGAGCUUUCAUGUAUCGACAUAUUUGUAUGUACAGCGAAUGAUCCGGCGAAAGAACCCCCACUGAUCAUUGCUAACACAAUAUUAUCGAUCCUUGCUGUGGACUAUCCGGCGGAGAAGGUGUCGUGCUAUGUUUCAGAUGACGGAGCUUCCAUGUUGACAUAUGAAACCCUUUCGGAAACAGCUCGGUUUGCUCGUAAAUGGAUCCCUUUUUGUAAGAAAUUUGGGGUUGAACCUCGGGCUCCUGAGUGGUACUUUUCUGAGAAGAUAGAUUAUUUAGAGGAGAAGGUGUUGCCAGCCUUUGUUAAGGAGAGACGUGCUAUGAAGAGGGAGUACGAGGAAUUCAAAGUUGGGAUUAAUGGUUUGGUUGCCAAAGCACAAAAGGUUCCUGAUGAAGGGUGGAGAAUGCAAGAUGGCACCCCAUGGCCCGGAAAUAAUGUCCACGACCACCCUCCAAUUGUUCGGGUGUUAUCAGUUGGUGAACAAGACAUUGAGGGAAAUCAACUACCAUGUUUUGUUUAUGUGUCUAGGGAAAAAAGACCUGCUUUUAAACACCACAGAAAGGCUGGUGCAAUGAAUGCCUUGGUUCGUGUUUCUGGUAUCCUCACAAAUGCACCUUAUCUACUGCAUUUGGAUUCUGAUCAUUACGUAAACAACAGCAAAGCCCUAAGAGAAGCCAUGUGUUUCAUGAUGGACCCUCUCAUUGGUAAAAAAGUUUGUUACGUGCAGUUUAAUCUCAAUAUUAAUCGACAAGAUCCAUGUGCUGCUGCUAAUAGGAAUAUUUCACUUGAUAUGAACAUGAAAGGGCAAGAUGGCAUUCAAGGGCCCAUGUAUGUGGGCAGUGGAUGUGUGUUUAGAAGGGUUGCAAUAUGCAGUUAUGAUGCCCCUAUCCUUACCCCCACCCCACCCACCAGAAGAAGCUGUUGCAUUUGUUGGGAUAAUAGAUUUUGCUGUUGCCCAGAAGAUGAUGUCGACGGAAGAUUUAUUGAUAUUGCUCCAAACAAAACUCAUCAUUUUAGAACUGAUCAAAGUUGCAAUUUAUAUGAUGGGGAAUCAACCAUUUACCGUCGAGCCAAAUAUGAUGACGAGAGAUCAAUUGUUUUGUCGGAGCAUAAGCGAGAAGAUAAAUAUGGUGAAGCUCCUUUACUAAAUGCAUCGACAUUUUUCCGCGACAGCGGAGCAUUAAGAAAGAGUGGCAGCCUUACAUCUCUGUUGCAGGAAGCCUACAAUGUAGCUAGUUGUAAAUAUGAAAAUAAGACUGACUGGGGAAAAGAGGUGGGAUGGAUAUAUGGUUGUGCUACUGAGGACAUUUUAACUGGAUUUAAAAUGCAUUGCCGCGGAUGGCGAUCGAUAUAUUGUGCUCCCGUAAGACCAGCCUUCAAAUAUGCGACCCCAAUCGAUCUAUUUAAGUGCCUGAAUAUAGCCUCGCAUUGCGCUCUUGGAUCAGUCGAAAUUUUUUUAAGCAAGACAUGCCCUUUGUGGUAUGGAUACGGAGGCGGCCUAAAAUGUCUUCAACGUCUGGCCUACGUUAACGCAACUUUAUAUCCCUUGACGUCGAUCCCGCUGGUAGUGUAUUGCUCGUUGCCAGCCGUGUGCUUGCUGACCGGAAAAUUCAUCAUCGCCGAGCUCAGCAAUGUUGCUAGUAUUUGGUUUAUAUCGCUUUUUAUGUGUGUGUUCGCGACGAGUUUGCUCGAAAUGAGAUGGAGCGGAGUUAGCAUGGAGGAAUGGUGGAGGAGCGCGCAAUUUUGGGUCGUAAGAGGUGUCUCCGCGGAUCUUUUUGCCGUGUUUGGAGGGCUCGUAAAAGUAGUGGCGGGUGUCGACAUUAUUUCUAGAAAUAUAGACGAGGAGGAGGAGGAUGAUGAUGAUAAUGACGACGAGGAGAAGGAGUUGUUUAAGUUGAACUCUUUCAAGUGUACCAAUGCCACUCUUCUUGUUCUUCCAACUUCUCUUGUUAUACUAAAUGUGAUCGGAAUUGUUGUUGGGAUUUCGGAUGCUAUACGCAAUGGUUGGGAAACGUUGGGGCUUCUACUCGGCAAGAUUGUGUUCGCGGGUUGGGUGAUUGUUCAUCUCUAUCCAUUCCUCAUAGGCAUAAUGAGAAGCCAAACCUUGAGGACACCCGUUGUCAUUGUAGUUUGGUCGAUGGUACUUGCAUCUAUACUCGCUCUCAUGUGGAUUCGAAUCGAUCCUUUUGUUGCGGAAUCGGAUGAUCUAGUACUAGAAGAUUGUGGUUUAAAUUGCCCUUGA